AUGACGCAUCACACGAAUCGGACGCCGCAAGACCAAGGUCAUUACUCGAUGCCCUAUGGCUCCCAGACAGCUCAAUACGCCGUCGCUCAAUCGCCAGGCAUGGCUCAGACAUUCAAAGCCCUACAAGAUGCCGGCUACGGCCAAGGAGCAUCAGCACCUGCUCCUCAGCAAAGCAUGCGUCCCACGUUCGAGAAGCCCACCAUAUACACGGCCGUAUACUCUGGAGUCCAAGUCUACGAAAUGGAGGUGAACAGCAUUGCUUGCAUGCGACGACGCGCAGAUGGCUGGCUCAACGCUACACAGAUCCUCAAGGUUGCCGGUGUUGACAAGGGAAAACGCACAAAGGUUCUUGAAAAGGAGAUUCUACCUGGCGAGCACGAGAAAGUCCAAGGUGGAUACGGCAAAUACCAAGGCACCUGGAUCGCCUACCGCAGAGGUCGUGAGUUCUGCCGCCAGUACGGCGUCGAGGAUCUCUUGCUUCCCUUGUUGGAGCACGACCUCGAUGGCUCCGGUGCCGGUCAGACGACAGAGACUCCAACCAAGGAACAAGCCAUGGCUGCCAAUCGAAAGAGAUUCUACGCCGCCGGUGCACAGGAUAGAAACGCUCCCACCGCCUCAAACACCUUCUUCCAGAACAUCUCCCCCAUGUCCUCUGUCGCUCUCGCUGCUUUGAACAAGGCCGCUCGUCUCAAUUCACCCGCACGUCCGAGCCACAUGAGACGCUCUUCCCAACAGCAGCAACAAAAUGCCUCUCACAGCAUCGUGGCUGAUGCCAAUUACCACAACAACCAGAUGCCCGACUCCGGCUACAACACACAAAAUCCCGCGUGGCGACAGGCACCAGGUGGUCAGGAACCUCCUAGAAAACGCAUGCGACCAAACGACGACAUACCUGUAGACGCGUCAAUCAUGUCACUUGAUCCCACAGAACCUGGGGAAUCCUUCGUCCAAAGCACCCAGCAAUAUCUAGAAGAGAACGUGAAUGGUUCAGACGAGCCGGUCACACUUCCUCCCUUACCAGCACCUAUGGGUGUAGACGAAGAGAACAAGCGCCAACUUCUCCUCGACCUCUUUGCCGAGUCAUCGAGGCAAGACUUUGCUUCACAUCCAGCACUCCUUUCCUUGUCACCACAAGAUCUAGACAUACCUCUGGAUCCUUCAGCGAACACUGCGCUACACUGGGCUGCAACACUGUCGAGACUGCCGUUGCUCCGCUUGCUCAUUCAGAAAGGUGCAAACAUAUUUCGUGGCAAUGCUGCCGGACAGAGUGCCCUGAUCUCGGCAGUAUUGGUGAACAAUUGUUGCGAACACUCCUCUUUCCCUGACGUACUGGAGCUUCUCAGUCCUUUGAUUGAAGUGAGAGACUCUCAAGCCCGCACAAUUCUCCACCAUAUCGCAGUGUCCUGCGGAAUUAAAGGCCGAGCACCCAGUAGCAAGUAUUAUCUCGAGGCUUUGCUAGAAUUUCUGGUCCGUAGCGUGUCAAAACCUGCUCCCGUGGAGAAUGGCUCUGCAACGCCCGGACAGACAGGAAAAGAGCGAAUCAACCUGAUGCGCUUCCUGACGCAUAUAGUAAAUGCGCGGGAUAAGGCAGGCAACACCGCCCUCAACUUAGCCGCCAGAAUUGGCAAUAGAGGCAUCAUCCAGCAGCUCCUGGAAGUCAAAGCUGACCCCACUAUUCCCAAUCAAAAAGGCAUCACAGCUCGCGACUUUGGUGUAGGUGUAGAGGACGAGAACGGACAAGCGGACGCUGGCUUCAACAAUACCUCGAACAUUGACCCCAUCUUCUCACAAGCACAACAAGCGUCGACCCGCCCACCAUCACAGAACACAACCACAGAAGGUGCAAACGAGAAGGAAACAACACCUGUCUCCAACACGAACAUCAUUGAGGAGCAGAACCAAGACGUUAUUGCGUCACUCACUAGCAUGCUUACUGCAAACCUCGCCCAGCACAAACAACUGCUCGCCGAGAAGACUACUCAGAUCGACAAGCUGAAUGCUCAGAUCCAAGAGCUGUCAGCAGUCGCAAAGACUGAGAGCGACCAAUUAGCAACUCUCCAGCGCCGCGCCAAAUCUCGCAGUGAAGGCCAGUCCAAGAUCGCUAACCUGAAACGCAUCUUAGAAGAACGCCACCGCAACGGCAGAAAAGUGACAAAGACAAGUUCAGUGGUGGGAGAUGCAGACAACUCUGUCUCCACUGUGCUUGCCGUUGCCGAAAGACUGCCCUCUGAUAUUGCAGAUCCAACUCAAGUCGCGCAACAGCUUUCGUCUUCACUCCAACAGCAGAUACUCAACAACACGCCCUCAAUAUCCGAGUUGCGUGUCCUGAAAAAGGUCUACGAGUCAAACAAUGAUCGCCUGCAGCAAAAGUCGACCCAGCUCAAGUCUCGCUCUACCCAGCUCGAAUAUUUGUACCGUAAAGUCGUGUCUUUAUGUACGGGUGUUGCAGAAGACAAGGUUGAAGAUCAGUUAAGUGCGCUUCUGGCGGCUGUUGAGUCAGAAAAGGGGGCAUUGGGAAGAGAGGAGGCGGGCAGAGUCAGAGAGUUCUUGAUCAAGGUUGAAGGUGUUGGUGGUGGUAGCGACGUUGCUGCCGGCGUAUAA